CCACUGCGAAUUUAAAAACAGAAAAUGGCAAAUUAUGCAAUUAAUUGCAAUUUUUAAUGGAUUUUUCAGGUGGAAAUCUAAAUGAAAUGAACGAUGAAAUUAUUGCGAUCACUCAAUUAUGGAACUCUAUGCAAACUAUCGACUUCAGCGCAAUCCUUGAAAAAAUCUUCCCGACUUCUCAAAAAGCAACCGAAGAAUAAGAUCUCUCUGACACCAAAAUUUUUGGACAAUGUUAGAGAAUGGCCGAAGAUCUUUGAAGCAGAAAUCGAAGCGCAAUUUGAAAAACUUGAUGAGAUGAUCCGGAACAAAGUAGGAUGGAGAGUGAUCGAAGAACGUGGGCUCUGCGUUGGGAAUCUGAUCGUGACUUCAAAAUAUUACGAUUCAUAUUGUGGAGAGGUAAUUACCCUAUCUGGUGACGCAAUUUUAAGAACGAGAUGGCUUAAAGCAGGAACUCCAGUAUUGUUGAACAAACUGAAUGAAGAUGGUCAUUUGCAAAAAGUGUCCGAUGGGCAUGUCGUUGAUUGUACUGCUGGAAUCGUGAAAGUAUGCGCUUACGACGAUAAAAAUGUGGAUUUCUCAACACUCAAUUACAUUCUCACUCCAUCAACAAACAGCGGAGCUCUAAAAUUUCUUCAAAGUGUAAUUAAGAAUCCAUCAUCAUUAUCCAGUGAUAGUGUCCAUUUAGUCAAUCUCGCCUAUCGAUCAAUUCCAAUGCCCUCUAUUCAUGACAGAAAAAUUGGAAAUCUUCCGGAAACACUCAAUCCAAGUCAGGUAGCAGCAGUUUCAGCAGCAAUGAACACACAAAGAAAUCUAUUAUGUAUUCAAGGACCACCAGGAACUGGAAAAACUCGUGUGAUUGCUGAAAUUGUUCAUCAACUGAUGAAAAAGAAAAAGAAAGUUUUGGUUUGUGCCCCAACACACGUUGCUGUACGGAAUGCAAUGGAUGCAACCACGGGAAGAAUGAUUGAAGAAAUGCCUGAAGAGAAAGCCGAACAGCAACUGUGCCUCCUCGCAAACACGAAAGAUGAGUUUCAAAACCACAAAUCCGCUUCAAAGUUAGAAGAAAUCAAAAAGCAACUUUCAACAAUGAGUACAUCCGAUCCUCUCUAUAAAAAGAUGUCAUAUGAAUACUAUUUAAUUCGAAAUUCUAUUUUUCGAAGUAUCUUCUAUCCAAAACUUGCUGUUUUCUCAACAUUGGGAACAUCUUCAAUUCAAAAACUACCGGAGUAUCAUUGGAAUGCAGAUGUCAUGAUUGUUGAUGAAGCUGCACAAUGUACGGAACCUGCGACUUGGGUGCCAGUAUUAACCACACCAUCUUGUAAGAAACUCAUUCUUGUUGGAGAUCAGAAACAGUUGCCUGCCGUUGUUUUAUCAGACAAAGCGAUGAAAGGCAACUUCAAGCUUUCCCUGAUGGAGAAGCUUGCCGAAGAGUUUUCUUCUAAUAAUAUCAAUAUUCUACUCAAUGAGCAAUACCGCAUGAACAAAAAGAUUAUGAAUUGGUCGAACGAAGUAUUUUAUGAAAAUCAACUGACAGCACAUUCAACCGUUUCUGACAUCACUCUACGAGAUAUUUGUCCAAAUCUUCCGGAAGAUCACGUAUUAAAUAAUCCGAUUAUGAUGAUUAAUAUGGAAAAUGUUAAAGAUAGAUCCCACGAAGAAUUCGAAUCACAUUCAUUCACAAACACUGACGAAUUGAAUUUGGUAACAGAAUAUGUCAAUCGAUUGGUAGUUGACUUGGGAAUUAAUCCAAAGGCAAUCGCUGUAAUUUCACCGUAUUAUGCUCAGAUCGAAAAACUACGACGAUCUAUCCCCUUCCGAGUCGAUGUCAAUACAGUUGACGCAUUCCAAGGUCACGAACGUCAAGUGGUCAUUUUCUGUCUUGUCAGAGAUAAUGAUGAAGGCCAAAUUGGAUUCUUGAAUGAAACUCGCCGAUUGAAUGUUGCAGUUACUCGAGCAAGAAGACAAUUUGUUUUGAUUGGAAAUGGACGAAUGAUGAAAGGAAAUAAACAUCUUUUAAAACUCUACAAACACCUUCAAUCGGAAAAAGUCAUCUUCGGACCGUCAAUUCUCGAAACCUUCAACGAUCUUGAGGAAGCUGCUCUACCAAGAUCGGAUAAAUUUUGAUUUUUGGUUGAGCUUAGGUUUUUAGAUGAUAGUAUUCAGUUUCUAACGGAUAUUCACUUCAUGUAACUAUUAUUGAUUUCAUAUUUUUAUGUUUUUGAUCUAAAAUUGAUUAGCGUCUUGAUAUUUUAUGAAACAAAUUGAUACUGAAUUUGAGAAAUAAGUAGGAGAGAAGAAGAUAGAAUCUGAUAACAAGACAAACAAAAAGGGCCAAUUUUGGCAAAGUUUUGUUUCCGUCGAUUUCCUUUUUUGACAUGAAUCACCGUAUUGUUCUUAUUUUCUAUUGUAUUUUUUCGACAUUUUCCAUAUCCCAAGCUGUUUUAAAAUGCUAUACAGGUUAUUCAAUUAUGAAAGGUAAUAAAUAUAAUUUUGGAAGUAA